CACAGGAUGAGUGAGAGAUACUUACAGAAAGCCACAAAAGGAAAGCUGCUGAUGAUCAUUUUUAUCGUGACCUUGUUGGGGAAAGCUGUUUCCAGCGCCAACCAUCACAAAGCUCACCAUGUUAAGACGGGAACUUGCGAGGUGGUGGCCCUGCACAGAUGUUGUAAUAAGAACAAGAUAGAAGAACGAUCCCAGACGGUCAAGUGCUCCUGCUUCCCUGGGCAGGUGGCAGGCACCACACGAGCUGCUCCAUCUUGUGUGGAUGCAUCCAUAGUGGAACAGAAAUGGUGGUGUCAUAUGCAGCCAUGUCUGGAGGGAGAGGAGUGUAAAGUCCUCCCAGACCGGAAGGGGUGGAGCUGCUCCUCCGGAAACAAAGUGAAAACAACCAGGUUCAUUGGACAAGGAGAAGCUGACAUUUACUGGACCCAUAAACAUAUGCUGCACACUGAACAAGAACAGCUGGCAGUGGAGGACUUUAUAGGCUGUAUUGUCACCCAUCAUCAGGCUGAGGGUUAUGUUGCCAUCAUGGGAUAA